AACAUGCACGAUGCGGUAUGUUACCAGUGCUGCGCUAGCUGUUCUAAAAAUAGUUUCGACUGUAUCCGGAGUUCGGAAGUUGGCACUUGUUGCGCAUUCAGUUCGUGUCUUUUCCUUCGAAGUUCGAAUUAAAGCAUGGAGUAUCAACAUCCAGCGACAGACGGAAGUUAUUAAUAGAAGCCGCGGCUCCGGCUGAUCCAGUGGGCCAAGCCUUGUGCGCCAGAGUGUUCCAGAGUGUCUUGCGGCGAGGGAGGCCCCAUAAGGGAGUCACUUUCACAGUCUUUUUGGAUGUUAGGGACUAUGGCGGGCACAGUGGACGGGAGUAAAAAGCGCCUGAUCACGGGGUGGCUGGAUCAUGUGAUCGAUGGUAAAAUAGCGAUGAGAUGGGCGAUUCUGGAACAGUCAGCAGACCGUGAGUCGGUCACACUACGCCUUUUCCGAAGUGAGAAGGAAGCUUGUGAGAAGCACGCCUACACCCUAGGCAAAGAGAACUUCAUCGGUACGGAGCGGGGCUCGGUCAAGCAGUACAACAAGAAAACGCCAGCCCUUUACUGGGCAAUCAUCACAGUCCACGAUCAGACCUUGUUAUUCCAAGACAGCCACAACAGCAACAAGAACGUCUCCACCUUUGAAAAAUGGGACAAGAUACUCAAGGAUUUCUGGAGUCACCAGAGUUGGAUGGUCACCCCUCUGAAGGGACCCAACAGUUUCAUCAAAGAGAAGGGCCUGACCUUACACCUCAACAAGGCCAGUGUAUGCUUUGCCUACCUGAACCCACCCAGACAUUACUGCCGCUUGUAUCUGGACACGGUGGAGCAGGUGUCUUAUGAUGGCACCAGGCUCUGCUUCAAUGUGACCAAAGAUAAUGGAGGCUAUUAUGAGGUGAAAACGGAAAGAGAGCGAUUUGCCUUGAGGAUAAAGGAGGUCAUUGAGAGCCUACGCUGUCAGUAUCUCAGCAUUACGUCUCCAGAUCCCAUCAAAACUGAUAACCAGAAAUUACAUAAAGUACUCACUAACGGUACAUCCCAAACCGCAGCUCCUCCGCCAGUCUCCCCAGUCGACAUCAGCACAGCAGAACACAUGAACCAGAACUGGAUUAACGGCCAUCAGAGGGCCUCGUCCAAUGGCAGCUGCGGAUCCUCAACGUGUAAAACUCCUGAAGCAGAAGCUCCUAGAAUCCCAUCCAUCAAGAUCGUAGGUGUGCGUGUGGUCCCAGAAGAAAAGCAAGAGAUGAGAGUCUGUCCAGAUACGCUGCCAAUUAUCCCUCCCAGGACUACAUCAUGUUGCAGCACCACAUCAACCAGACCAGAACUGCAGAAGGGCAUAUCUGCCUCGACAGGGAGACUCCACGUGCUGGAGGGAGAUCGUUCCUGGGAAGACCCUCCGAUGGAUAAAGGACACCCUGUGCCUUCCCCACGGAGGAAGGUCCCUGACAGUACCCGUGUUAUUUCAGCAGUACAGCUUCCCCUGCCUAAGCCACCAGUGCCUGUUGUAUCAACCGCUAAUGAGAAGCCAAGCUGGGUCCGGCAUGUGCCGCAGGACGAUGUCGACUCUAUCGGAGACUCCAUGUCCAGUAUUACCUCCCAGAGCAGCGAGGUCCUGUCAAUGGACAUCACUCAGAGUCUGUCCUCGCUCUCAUCAAGCGAGGAGCGAAGCAGAAGCUCCUCAACUGAGUCCAGAAAGAAGAGUCCCAUCAGAACCAGCGCUCUGUCGCUCAAUGGUUGCCCCAGUGCCACACCCAAGGUGCCUAGCUACAGUCGCUCAUUCUCUGUGCCCACAGAGCUCCCACACAACCACCAUUUUGUUGAAACAGAAAGGGUGGCGUCGGAGUACGUCUCGACAGAGCAGGACUAUAUCAACGUCUCCAAGGAGAGCUUAACAAUUCCGAAACCGACCGAUGACGAAGAAAGUAUGUACAUUAAUAUUGCGCACGAACAGAGCAUCUAUGUUAAUCCUGCUUUGAAUCCUUCCGUCAAUCCCAUACCUGUUCCUCCACGACACCCACAGCCUCCUUCAACCGCACCAGUAAGAAGGCCGGAACACGGUUCAGGAAAUCUGACCAAAAGCUGUGAGUCUAUGGAGCUUCAUGAGUUGUUGAAUGCUAUGUUGAAGGGAGAGGAGCAAGGCAGCACCAUGGGACUGCCCCACAGCGACUGGGUCAAAUUCUGUCUGAAUUGUGACAUCGACAAGAGCAACUAUGGCGCCAACAACUGGAAAGGGCUCGCCGACCAGCUAGGUCUCUCUGGCUCUGACAUUAUCCUGAUUGAUGACUUCAGCUGUCGAUACAAGAAGAAACCCACCGAAGUCAUUCUAGCCUACUGGGAGAAGCAGGCCCAUCCCACACGCCCCUUCAACAAGACGGAACUGAUCACAAUGCUGCACGAGCUGGAUCGCCAAGACUUGCUCGACAUUGUUAUCCAACGGGAGAAGUACACUGGCACAAAAUAACAUCAUUCGCUUUGUUUUGCCCUUUGCUUUAUUUGAACAGGGCCCAAUGUUGUGCUGGUAUGUCCGUGAUUUUCUGCUAACAGAGCUGGGCCCGAUUUCCUGGCUCUGCUUAACAGUUAGCGAAAAAUCCCUGCUUACUAUAGCAGAGAAUUCUGUACUUGUGGUAAACGUUUCAUUCAGAUCCCUACAGCAUUGUUACCAACCUCGUUCCCCAUGGGUACGAUCUUGCUGCGCCAUGUUGUUUCCCAUCAUGCCUUGCGCGAUCUUAACCCCUGGAAUUGUGUAACUUAAAUGC